AGUUACCGUUCUUGAGAUACACAUCUUUGACAGCUGCCGACACGUUAACAAGGAAGAUGUCACAGACAUACGAGUUUGAGAUGGCGAUGACUUGCGAAGGGUGUGCUGGGGCCGCUAAAAGAGUGUUGGGAAAGCUAGGUGGUAAUGUAACUAAUGUGGAAACCAAUGUUGAGACUAAGAAGGUCAAAGUGACAUCAUCACUGUCUUCUGAUGAGUUGUUGGAGCAGCUUAAGAAAACAGGAAAGGAGGUCAAGUUUUUGGGAACAGUGUAG